CUUCGUCCUUUGGGGCUUGGUCUCCGGAGAAUUGUACUAUGUCGGCUAUAGAUUUCCAUCAUUGUAUUCCACCAUUGUAUGUGACCUUGUAUUCUUGUUUGUUAUCAAUGAAAUUCAAUGUUAAAAACAAUGGGCACACGCCGGAGUAUAUCUAUGGGAACUACUUCGAGAGGUUGCCGGUUAAGCUAUUAAGUCAUGGUGUAGAUAUGGUGAAGAAAGAGGUUAAAGAGGAAGAGGUGGAGAAUUUUGGUCUGCGGGAAUUGAUCGAUGGGGGAGAUGUUGCUCGUGGCAGGGUUCUUCAUAGGAACAUCAAUAUCAGUUCCUCGAGGUUGUUUUUUUAUGUCUGCUUUUGAUUUUUGAUCAUUCUAUGUUAUGUUACUUUAUGUGGAUUCUGUAAAAGUCUUAGGAUAGUCUAUUGCUAGGUCAUGCAUAGAUGAUGAGUUCAGUGAGAAAUAUAACAAUGGCUCAUAUGUUUUGGAUGAUUGUUUGUUGUUAGCUUGGUAAUGAUGGACCCAAGCUCUGUUAGGUAACUGCCAUUAAUGCUUGACCAGAUUAUAUGUGUUGACUUAUAAGUUCUUGAGUGCUAUGUCGACAAACCUUAAUGUCUGUGUUGUAUAUAAAUCUUCAUGAUGUGCAUAUAUAUAAACAGCACAUAAUGAAAGUUCAAAGACAAUAAACGUUAG